AAGUAGGUCACGUGUGGCAAUCACCUGAUAAGGAGAUAAAUUAUCGGUCACAUGAUAGCCAAGUUAUUGUGGCCUGUUUGAACACUGAUUUAACAACCAGAUUGAAUUAAACGUAUUCCAGUGCAUUUUUAGUGUAUUUAAAAGUGCCAUUCUGGCAUAAUAAUUUAAAUCAAAUAAUCAUAUAUAUACAUCCCAGCUUUUAAGAUGUUGGCCCAUUUCCUGGUUCCACUGCUGAGCCUUUUGUCUCUGUCUGCUGGCCAGUAUACAUUUAGUGACAAUAACGGGUUUGGGCGGAGAUUUGACGGCAUAGGUGGAUUGAGUGGCGGUGGGGCCACCUCCAAGCUGCUGCCAGGCUACCCACAACAUCUCAGGGAUCAGAUCUUAGACUACCUCUUCAAGCCUAGUUUUGGUGCAUCUCUCCACAUAUUGAAAGUUGAGAUUGGCGGUGGGUCAAUGAGUGGAGUCGGGAGUGAGGCGACACAUAUCUACUAUGAUGGGGAUGAAAAUUAUGAGCGAGGCUACGAGUGGUGGAUCAUGAGAGAGGCUAAGAAGAGGAACCCCAAUAUCAAGAUAUAUGGGCUCCCGUGGGUGUUUUCGGGAGUGGUGAGCAAGGGACAGUCAGAUUCUCCAUACACCUUUCCUGACCGCACGGUGGACUAUAUCAUCAAGUGGAUCAAGGGAGCCCAAGACCACCAUAACAUCACCGUAGACUACAUUGGGGAAUGGAAUGAACAGAAUUACAACAUUACAUAUCUCAAGCUGUUACGUGCAGGGCUGGACAGUGCGGGCUUCAGCCACGUGAGGAUUGUCGCCGCGGACGACUUCCAGGCAGAGUUUGAGACAUCCCUGGCUCGUGACAUGCUCCUGGAUCCUGAACUCUCUGCCUCCGUCGAUAUAUUUGGGGUGCAUUACUCGAGCACCUUGAGUAACAUGGGUUCACUACAGUGGGGUAAGCAGCUGUGGGCGUCAGAAGACUACAGCACCCUCAACAACGACCAGGGGGCUCGGUGCUGGGCUAGGAUCCUGAACCAGAAUUACGUCAAUGGGUUAAUGACAAGCACCAUAUCUUGGAACCUAAUAGCCUCCUACUACAUUGGUAUGCCGUACCAGGGCUGCGGGCUGAUGACGGCUAAUGUGCCGUGGUCCGGGUAUUACGAGGUCAGCCCUACCAUAUGGACGACUGCCCACACGACCCAGUUCACAGAGCCUGGCUGGAUGUACCUGAGCCAUCAUUCUGGUGUGGGCCAACUUGUGGGCGGGGGCAGCUAUGUCGCCCUGGCCAGCCCAGACAACAAGCAUCUGACUAUCAUCUUAGAAACUAUGAGUACGACAGGCUCCGACUCAACAUGCCUACACGAGGAAUUGAGACCUUACUCCGUGCAGAAACAAAAUGUCACCUUUACCCUCGAUGGCAGCUUUAAAGGUAUAGGCAUGUUGCAUGUGUGGUUCAGCCAGAUAGGGACCCAGGACCAGAACAAUUCUUCAGUCUUCUUCUACUACCAGGGAGAAAUAAAGCCAAACCCUAAGGGGGAGUUUGAGUUAUUCAUGGUGGACAAGAACCAGAUCUACACGCUGACUACACUGGCGACAGGAUCUCAUGGGACUUACCCAGCCCCACCAGGCCCGGAACCCUUCCCCUUCCCAUAUAUGGACACUUUUGAUGAUGUUGUGGAGCACCAGGAGCCCUACCUUGUAGCCCCUAUGGCAGGCUCGUUUGAGGUUGUUACAGAGCCUGGGUCUCCUAGCAACAAGGUUCUCCGCCAGAUGACUGUCCUGCCUCCUGUUGACUGGUGCGAGACUGAGAACUUCACACUCGCUCUGCUUGGAAAUAUUACAUGGACAGAGUUUACGGUAGAGACAUCUUUCUCUCUGGACGUGUUGAAUGCAUCAGAGGGCGUGUUUGUGGCCCAGCGCAUCAACAGUGGUGGCUGUUAUACAGUCGGCGGGGGAGGCCUGCUUUUCUUUGUGUUCCCAAGCAAUGGAACAUUCCAAGUCUGGAAUGACCCAAGGCGAGCCACUCUGCUUAGUUACGGCCCGGCUGAAGAGCUGACCAGGACGGGCUACAACAAAAUAUCUCUGAAAGUCAAGGAUGGGUUUGCGGAGGGCUCUGUAAACGGGAAGAUGGUAUUUGGGCUCCGGAUGCCUGCCUCACCUGCCUCUGGGUUUGCUGCUAUUGGCACAGCGGGCUUCGGACACGCAGAUUUUGACUAUAUAUCACUGCUGCCUUCUUGAGUCAGGAUCUCAUAGAAAAUUGCUAUGUUUUAUAUUUUUCUCCCACAAAGGUGAUAAAAUUAUCAUUUUAAUUCUUAAGAUUAUUUUUACAAGUUAAAAGUUUUUCCAAUCAGAUUUAUUUAGAAAAGAUUUGUUUCCUUUUCGUUGAACAUAAUAUGAAUUUAUACACUUUUGAAAUUUUAUGCAAAUGUUUGUUACGUGGUUUAUAUAGAUUUUUUAAACACAUCAAAAUAAACACAGUGCAAUAAAUUUUCUACCAAGAGACCAAGAGAAUCAUGAUAGGACUUCAAAGAGUGCGGAUGAUUACAUUCCAUACUCAACUGUGAUAGAUUAUUGGCAAUUUAUAUUGUGCCAUAACAUGUAUAUAUACAACAUAAUAAAGUAUAAGAAAAGUU